UAUUCUGUGCCUUGAACUCAGCCACAAAAACCUAAACAUGGAGUCAAUAGUUCUUUACCCAACACCAGCCAUCGGUCACCUUAUCGCCAUGGUUGAGCUAGGAAAGCUCAUUCUCACUUCCAAACCUUCGCUCUCCAUCCACAUCCUCAUGACUACAGCGCCUUAUGACGCCGGCGACACCGCUCCCUACAUCGCCGCCGUCUCCGCCACCAAUCCUUCCAUCACCUUCCACCACCUCCCGCCCGUCUCCCUCCCUCCCGAGCUUUUGACCGCCUCGGCUCACAUCGAAAACCGAAUCAUGGAAGUCCUCCAUCUCAACAAACCCAACGUAUCUCAAGCCCUAGUUUCCAUCUCUCAAACACACACCAUCCACGCCUUCCUCGUGGACUUCUUCUGCGGAAGCACUCUCACUGUCUCCGCCGAUCUCAACAUCCCCUCUUACGUCUUCUUCACUUCCGCCGCCGCCGCCUUAGCUAUUUUCCUUUACUUACCAACUCUUCACAAAACCAUAUUCCCAAAGAGCUUAAAAGAUCUUAACAACGCUCUUCACAGCGUCCCCGGAGUGCCGCCGAUUCCUUCGCUGGACAUGGCGAAACAGUACCUCGACCGUCACGAUAAGACUUACGAAUACUUUCUCGAAUCUUCUAUCCAUGUCUCGAGAUCGACCGGAAUUAUUGUAAACACGUUUGAAUCGCUUGAAUCUAGAGCAGUCAAAGCCAUAACUGAAGGAUUAUGCGUUCCCGACCAUUCUACUCCUCCGAUAUACUGCGUUGGACCGCUUAUUAUGACUAGACAGAAAACAGAUUUACAUUCAGAGUGCUUCAAAUGGCUGGACUCGCAACCAAGGCAAAGCGUGGUUUUUCUCUGUUUCGGAAGCUUAGGCGUGUUCUCCAAAGAGCAACUGAAGGAAAUAGCGGUGGGGUUGGAGAGGAGCGGCCAGAGGUUCUUGUGGGUGGUGCGAAAUCGGCCGUCGGAAUCGCCGGAAUCGAGUUUGGAUUCGUUACUUCCAAAAGGGUUCUUGGAUCGGACGAGAGAUAGGGGACUGGUGGUGAAGAACUGGGCCCCACAGGUGGAGGUGCUGAGUCACGACUCGGUGGGAGGGUUCUUGACCCACUGCGGGUGGAACUCGGUGCUGGAAUCGGUCUGCGCCGGUGUGCCGAUGGUGGCUUGGCCGCUCUACGCGGAGCAGAGGUCGAACAGGGUGGUGUUGGUCGAGGAAAUCAAGAUCGCUUUGCCGAUGAACGAGUAUGAUAAGGACGGGUUUGUGAGCGCCGACGAAGUUGAGAGGCGAGUCAUUGAGUUGAUGACGGGCUCCGAAAGCGGCGACUCGAUAAGGAAGCGUGUGUUGGAAAUGAAGGAUGAAGCUAGAGCUGCUCUAAGCGACGGUGGGCCGUCCCGAGUUACAUUGACCAAACUCACUGAGUUUUGGAAGCGUUGGUGAGUUGAGAUUUAUUAUAGAACUCGGGGGUUAUAGUAGGUUCAUGAUUCAUCGUGAUUCAUGAGGUUGGCAUUUCAAGAUCGUAUUGCAGAGGUUAAUUAACUUUUGUCUAUUUGUGUGUUCAAUAAAUUCGUGCGUUGUUGCUUUCUUUUCAGCAAAUUUGUAAUGCACUAAUUUCCCUUGUCACUGGAAUAAAAUAAAGAUAAGAGUGAAGUUUAGCCAGAAUCAAG